AUGGAUCCAGACAUAAAGCGUAAGCUUUUUGUCGCCGCAGAAAGAGCUGCAAACACGCUAAUACGAACAGUAGGACCACUGUUCAUCGCGUUAGCAGUCAUGUUGAUCGGAAUGGCAGUUUUCGUGUACUUUACAGUGGUUUUUCCACAAUUUUACACGUGGGACGAGGACUAUAUAUGGACCAAAUUUUGGUAUUAUGUAGGGCUUGUCUUUAGUAUAUAUAUAGUGGUUUGUAUAGCCUUUCACUAUUAUAUGGCGGUGAGGACAAAACCUGGAGGGGUUCUCACCGGAAGCACAGCACCUACAUCGUCGGAGGCAGAAGAUCCAUCCAUACAGGAUUUAUUUUUAGAGCUAGAGGAAUAUCAAGAAUUUCCAAAAACGUGUAAAAAAUGUCAUUUGCCAAAACCAGAACGUGCGCAUCAUUGUUCAAUUUGCAAACGUUGUGUCUUACGUUUCGAUCAUCACUGUCCGUGGAUAUCGAAUUGUGUCGGAUACUUUAACCAUCGAUACUUCGUUUUGUUCAUGUCGUAUUUAGUGUUUGGGUGUUUUUACUUCGUAGCGGUUGGCUGGCAACCGUUUUUAAGGAGUGUUGAUCUUGCUGAUGAUUAUGAUGAGUGGGAAGUUUGGGUGCCGAAACCUUAUAUGGCCUUAUCUUACCUUUUGGCGUUCGCUAUUGGCAUAGCAUUGGGUGGAAUGUGUUCUUGGCAUUAUUAUCUGAUUAUCACAGCACAGACGACUGUAGAAUUCUAUAACAACCAGUAUGCAAAGAAGUCGGCGAAACAGAAAGGCGAGGUUUUCAUUAAUCCGUAUAAUCUUGGUGCGCUGAAUAAUUUGCGAGAGUUUUUUAAUGUUGGAAGAAACCAUCCCGUGUACACAAUCUUUUUACCGAUACCGGUGCCACCAGCCGGGAACGGCAAAUUCUGGGAGAAGAACGUGAACCAUUACUCGGCGGUUAAUCGUACCGGAUAUUCAGAAGAUGAUGAUUCGAGUUAA